AAAGUCUGUCCUCGUAUCAAUCUUGUUUUCUUUUCCUUCGCGCAUUGAAACUGAUUCUAGAAUGAUUAGAGGUCGUUGCGCGAGACCGAGAGAUGAUCAAAGAUGUGCGUCUCUCCACCCACCGCAGAACACGCAGACACAGUCAACGCACGAUGCAGUUUAUUUUUUCCGUAAGUAGCAAUCAAAUAGAAAUCCUUGAUGAUGUCAACGGACCCCUCGAUAGCGCGAUGCAGAAUAUUUUGCAGCACAGGCAGAAGAGCAGAUUUUUUUUUAUUGUAGCACCUGUUGCACCAAGUUGUAGAAUUCGAAUUCCUACAAUGACAGGUAGUACAACUUCUACGCGACGCUGCCGCAAAUACUGAAGGCUAACAAAAAGAAAGGAAACCUGAUCCAUCAGUGAGUACCAGACAAACAACACUACUGACGAGCACCUCGUCCUCCAGAGCGCUCAUCUUGUACAGCAUCUAAACGCUAGUUGUAGUCUCCAACACGAACACGAAGGGAAACCACAUCAAGAUGGUAGACAUACAGAAGAUAGAGGAGUCUAAGGAGAAUAUCCUGCCUCUGCGGACAGGUAGAGAUCUGCACCAACUCGAAAAGAGUGAUCUCGAAGCGGAAAUAACCAAAUUUGAAGCCGAUAUCCGAAACGAAAAGCAUCCGGAUGCGUUGGGGACAUGGUUUGUGAUACGAUUCCUGAUAGAAUUUGAUCUUUUUUUCGGACAUCAUCAAGAAGGACAUCAUCAAGAAGGACAUCAUCAAGAAUGAAGUCACAAAGACAAAAUGGUCGUCCUCCUCUUCACAUCAAUUGAAUACAUUAUAUCUCUCUAAAAAUAUUUAAUAUUACAGGCAUGCUUAUGCCAAGUGGUGGCAGCAGAAUUCUUCUUCGUCGUCCUCUUCUGCGAGCUCCUCCAAGGGUCAUCUCGGAUUUCACGACGUCCUGCAGCAAGGAACGCAGAAGUUCUGGGAGAACGAAAAAGCCCAUAGUGACUACCGCUACCUCGCUCUUUGGCUCAUGUACGGGGAAAGCUGUCUCAAGGAUUCGAUUGAUAUGUUCCCCUUCUUUUAAGGGUUACCACAUUGCAUUCUUCACUACCAUCCUUGACUUUUUUUCCAGUAGGAAAAGGGUCAGGGAUGAUCUGAAGAAUGCAAUGUCGCAACCUCUAAUUCUUGUGGGCGAACGGGGUCGGCACCCAGUUUGGCCUGCUCUAUAUGGCGUGGGCGUCGGUUUUGGAGAAGGCUCGCCGCUUCCGAGACGUGGAAGACGUCUACAAGAUGGGAGUGGCACGUCGUGCACAGCCCUUGCCGAAGUUGGAGGAGGACUACAAGCGAUUUCGAAUACGGAUGGUGGAAAGGGUUCGAAGAGACUUGCAACAGUUAAGGAUUUUUCAAGUUGCCUCUUGAAUGGACAUAGGAAUUGGUUCUUGAUGAAUGGAAAUAGGAAUUGGUUCUUGAUGAAUGGAGUUCUUGAAUGGAGUUCUUGAAUGGAGUUCUUGAAUUGGUUCUUGAUUGGAGUUAGUUCUUGAAUUUCCAGGAAGCAGAAGAAAGCCUUCUGUUCUUGACUUCGGUACGUUUUCUUCUAGUGCCAAUACUAGUACAUCAAUAGAAACGGGACUACAAUUGAGAAUGACGAUUUUUAUAAUCACCCACCACAAGUAGAGAUAUAAUUAUCAACGUUAUAACAGCUCUAACCCAUCACAUCAGCGAACUCUCCUCCCUCACUGACGAGCAACUGUUGACUGAUGAGCGCGUGCGACGACGAGCUUUCGCAGAACUGUCGAAAAGGGAAGCACGUGAUGCUAUGGCAGGGAGACCUGUAUUCUCCCGAAACAACGAAAACGCACAACAACAACAGGGCCCUCCGAUUGGGAACUUUGGAUGGGGAACGAGCUCUUCUUCGACAGCUGCGAGGAUAGGUAGAGUUUCUGAUUUAGAUUUUACUAGUUUUGAUGUACUCGAAAACUGAAAAUAACCGAGUUACUGACUGAAAUAAGGGAGGUAGCUCUGACAGGGCUACUCUUCCUUGUUCAGUAUCUCGCUUAUUGUAAGUAGUUACUCGCUUAUUUCAGUUUUUCGAAUAGAUACAGUUCUUAAUCUUAUCCUUCAAAUGAAGAUCAACACUUAAUAUAUAAUGAGAGGUCUGAAUUUUUUCAAAUCUGCCCAAUGAAUGAACAACAUAAUCUAUUACAGGUAACAACGCUCGAACAAGCACUAUGCAAGUCUUCGAAGAUGACGACGACGGCCAGCAUCGCACUCUGUUUGAUAGCGAAGCGGAAUGGAAAAAACUGCCGUUUCCAGCUUCUCUGGAGUCUCAUGCUUCCUUUCGACCGGAAAAUGUGAAGAAGACAGCACCAAACUGGGGAAGUGUCAAACCUAUUCCUGUAAAGGGUCAAAACAUGAAGACAUUAAGCCAGCAAGCAGGAGCAGGUGGAUCUACUGGAUCUUCACAUUUACUACAAGGUGGACAUCAAGGCGGUCAAGCAGGAGCAGCAGCACCACAGUUCGAGAUGUUUUGCGACGACGAAUUCAUGGAUGAUGGAGAUAGUCAACCACAGCCUCAAAAAACGAGUCGAGGUCUAGCUGGUGGAAGAUCUAGAGCACCUCUGGGUGGGUUUGGGCGAAUUCUAGAGGAUGUGCCGGAAGAACUAGACGAGAGUUCGCGAGCUGCUACACCGGGUGCACCUCAGGUCGUACCUCCGAGUGCAUCAUCUGGUGUUCUUGCUAGUACUAGUACGUCUGCUAGUACUAGUACGACAGGCGGGCGAAAACGGAAAAACCCUUUUGCUGCGAUGAUAGAAGAAAAAGCCCCUGGUAAAGCUACAUCCUCCUCAAGUUCAAGUAGUACUACUGCAACAUCAACCACUGACGCUCAUCUUCAGAGAAGUACAACUAGUACCAAUGUCAAUGAUCAUGAUGAGCGGAUAUUGAAGCAAGAUCUUCACCAUCAUCGCAGAGAGCAAGAGCAUAAGCAGCAUGCCGUUUCCUCCACAUCUUCUUCUUUCAUGCAAGAAAGGGACCACCUGAACCUGAAAAAGCCACAACCUGGACCCCAUGUCGAAGAGCGGAGUCGGGAGCUGACCUUGGCGGAAACGUCAGGCCCAUUACCAGUCCACCACAUGCAAGGGAAGAGCCGCUUCGUGUACGGUUUCUUGCCCACAGAAGUGUCCAUAGAAGAGGUAAAAGCAGAAAAGUGGUGGGAUAUGUACAAGAAAUUGAAUCCACACUUGAUGGACGAGACCACUGGGUUCGGAGGAAUGACUAAAGAAGUGCGGAAGAUCUUGUACUCCUGUCUUAACUUUGUACUUAGUUGUAUAAUUGUGUGAAAGUUGUAGAGUUGUUGUUGUUUUGAACUAUAAUUCUUGUUGACUGACACCACUGGUAAUAAAUAAAGUGAAUCAUUCAAUUCCUAAGAACCACGACCUUGCGCACGUUUUUCAUCCUCCACCACACCUACAUCAGGGAUCCCUGUAACAACAGCAGAGACGGCAGCGCGAAAAAAGGCCCGCCUCCAGAGGAAGAGCUUACUUUUGCGACUAAGAGAGCGUUGAAAGAUGUUGGAGCCCUCUUUGGCGAUGGUGAUACCACUGCAGUGGAGCAGCCAGCUUUGAAACGUCCUAAGCGCAUUCUCAAGGCCCAAUCUUCUAUCAUCGGACCGUCUACCACUCUUCCAGACGCCUCGAAAAGUCAACCGUGUCUAGGUAAGCAGCGUAGUAAAGAUCACCCAGGAGGAGGCGGACGUGUUCUCAGACCGCAGAUCAGUGUGCCAUUGAUCUUAGACCAGGCAGACUCUUCAUCACGAGGUCCUCUUCGAGAAUCCGCACUAUCACAGCCUCUACCCGGUCGUGAAGAGAUCAUGAUGUUUUCUGCGAGUUGUCACAAGAUGAACGCGUCACAAGAAUACUCAGGUCCUCUGCCUGGCAGCGCCAGUAGACGGAAACUCUUCGGAGCAGCAAGUGGUCUCAGAAGUACUAGUGGCGCAGCUGGUGGCGCAGGAGCUGGUGGAACUUCCUCCAAUGGAGUUGGACUUGGAGGACCUGGAGGUGGCGCUUCGAGUUCUUCUACAGCCCCUUCGGGAGCUGCCCUUGGAGAUCGAAUGUUGAGGCCGCGUAGUCCAGCGAGUGCGAACAAACGAGGUGUUAUUCCUGCUCCGGGGAGUGUGUCAAAAUGUUUGUUGUCGAAUUCUAGAGCCGCCUCGCCAGCUAAUAGUAGUUUAAACAAUAGUUCGGCUUUUGCGGAAGCUCGCCAGCACUUAUUGAGAAGGGCAUCGUCUGACGAAAAUGAAGUACCGCCGCCUGACCAUCGGCCUGGAGGUGCGUCGAGUCGUGGUGGCCAUUCUUUAUUGCCAGCAGUGACCUCAGCUAGCAGUUUCUUGACGAGUGGCGCUGGCGGUGGGCCAAUAAGCGGUGCCGAACUAGCCGAAGCAGCUAGUGGCGUUUUGACUGAGGGACCCGCAAUAGCAGCAGGAAGUAGUUUGUCGUCGUCAUUUCACCAAGCCAUGUCAGGAGUGAAUCACACUGGUGGAUCAUCUGAUGUUGGUACAGGAGGUGGAUUCGGUAGUACUAGUUCAUCGUCAUCUUCGUGGCAGACUGGUGGUCCCAGCACAGCUAUUUCUAGUACAUCAACCAACAACGGAGGCCGUAUCAUCAGCGGUCUGUCCCCUCGCAACCCCAGGGGAGGCGGCCUGUUAUUUGGUGCCAGAGCACAGUUGCCCUACUUCCGCGGACGCAGCAACAGCGGACCCGGAAACAACGGGCAGCCGAACACAGGCAAUAUUGCUGACGGAGCACGAAGCCGCGAUGGCUCUGGAGGAAGUCGGGGUCGCCGUCCCCGUGCUCGUCCUGGAGAGGGCGUGAACGUUACGGGCGUGACGCGUGCAACCAACUUCGAGAUCUACGAAGAGGACAUCGAACCGCCAGCCUCCUCUUCUCCACCAUCCUCAGCACGUGGCAAACAACGUGCUAGUUGUCGUCGAAGGAGCAUCAUGGCUGGUGCAGGUGUUAAUAGUGGUGCUGGUGCAAGAAAUGAUCAUCUCAGUGGACCAAUUAUACCAUCUUCAAAUGCUACAGGAAUAGAAGGUGGUGCGACAUCUUCAACGUCGAGCAGAAUAAACGAGCCACAAGUUGAUCCACGUGCUAGUUCUCAAGAUGGUUUUAAUAUCCCCUCGUCUAGCAAUGCUCUCCCGGCUUCCCAACAAGAACCACUAGGCCUUGGAGCACCACUAGGACAACCUCUGUUUGGCGUUGACGAGGAUAUGAAUCUGUUUUCACAACCGUCGGCUGGAGCUGGCUUAGGAGGUGGCGUUUUUAGUACACAACGUGGAGCAGGAGGUCCUGAGCCCAGUCCUUUGCGCAACCACAAUCACCGACCUCGCUGUUCCUUAGGUACUAUCGAAACGUCGCAACAGCUAAUUCUCUCACCUGCAGUCGUCCGUGGAUCGAAACACGCACUUGUCUUUGAAUCAACCGGGGGCCGAAGAGAGCGCAUGUCUGUAGUUCCUCCAAACAUCGAGAGCCGAAUGGAACAGGGGAAACAUCGAGAGUCACAACGGCCCUUUGAUGUCUCCUCAGUAGGCAAGAUGAGACUCUUCUCAACUGGAGGUGGAGGGGCAUCUUCCAACUUUCUAACUGGUGGUGGUGGAGGUAAUAGUACAACGGGAGGUACUUCUGUAGGACCUCCACCUGCUGGAGCUGAACAGCGAGCUCCAUCUGAACGAGUAGGAGUAGGAGGAAUGGGACGACUCGGAGUUCCCGCGGGUAUGUCAUCAAUGUCCUCUCGUGAUCGAGGAUCUAUUGUUGGACCAUCCUCGAAACGCGGCGUCUUUGAUUCACCCUGACAACAACUUGGAUGAGGUUUUUUUUUUGAUCGCGUAUGUUGAGUCCUGCAUGUGGUCCCCGCCGCAUGCCCCCAAGAACAACAACUCAAAACAUAACACGACUAUCUUCCUCAUUUCACCG